GAGGACAACAACUUUUCUCAUUUGUUUCAAAGAUGGGGAAAAUGGCCUCUCUAUUUGCCUCUCUUUUAGUGGUUUUAGUGUCGCUGAGCUUAGCUUCUGAAAGCUCAGCAAAUUAUCAAUACUCAUCUCCACCACCACCUAAGGAACCAUACCUCUACAAGUCUCCUCCUCCACCAGUGCAUGUCUAUCCAUCACCACCCCACCACCCUGUAUAUAAGUCUCCACCACCACCCAAGAAGCCAUACUACCCUCCACACACUCCAGUUUACAAGUCGCCACCACCACCAACUUCGAUUUACAAAUCACCACCACCACCCAAGAAGCCAUACUACCCUCCACACACUCCCGUUUACAAGUCACCACCACCACCCAAGAAGCCAUACUAUCCCCCACACACCCCGGUUUACAAGUCGCCACCACCACCAACUCCCGUUUACAAGUCGCCACCACCAUCCAAGAAACCAUACUAUCCUCCACACACCCCAGUUUACAAGUCCCCACCACCACCAACACCAGUUUACAAGUCACCACCACCACCGGUGAAGCCAUACCAUCCUUCACCAACACCGUAUCAUCCUGCACCAGUUUACAAGUCACCACCGUCACCGGUGAAGCCAUACCAUCCUUCACCAACACCGUAUCAUCCUGCACCAGUUUACAAGUCACCUCCACCACCAACUCCAGUUUACAAGUCACCACCACCACACCACCCCUAUGUUUACGCUUCUCCUCCUCCUCCCUACCAUUACUAAGAAGUGACAUCACAAAGUUGAAGGAAAAGCAGAAUGUUGAGCUAAAAGAAAGGCUUUUUCCAUUUUCGAGAGGCAAUGAGAAAAGAAGAAGAAGAAGAAGAAAAACAAAAAGAGUAAAAAAUAAGCCCCACAGGAGGCGAAGUUCUUGUAGCUUCAUGUUAUCUAAGCUAUUGAUAUUGUUUGCCCUAUAUUUUAUUUCUGUCAUUGUGUAUGUUUUGUUCAGUUUCGAUCUCCUUGCAAAAUGCAGAGAUUAUGAGAUGAAUAAACUAAGUUAUAUUAUUAUA